GAGCAGUGUAUAAUUUUCCAAAUUUAAACUAACACGCUCUGUGAUAUCAAUCCUGAACUGGCACCAUUUCCUCUUAGUUUACUGUAACCCACCACCAGCAACCACCGUCCUAUCCUCUUCUCUGAUUCAAGCUGCAGCAAGGAAUCUAAUAACACUCUGCCCUUUAGUGUGAUCUCUCUGAAGCAGCCAAUUUUGCUACAUUUUGGAAAUUGGCUUUACAUGGUUUUCUUUAUUUUUUUCCUCACUUUUAACUCUGUUUUCUUUAACUUUUUUCCUGGAAAAUAAAAAAAAGGCAGGCAUUUUUUCUCGGCAAAAAAAGGAGGGAUUUUUAACAGAAAGGGGAAUGUGGGUAUGUGGAGGGAUUGCUUUGUAGAGUCAGCAAACCCACUUUCUGGCUUUCCCUUGCUUCCCCUAUUAAAAAAGUUGUCUUUCUAGGCAACCCUUCUCUUUGGUUUUGAUCUUUUCACCAGUGAAGAAAUUAUUAUUAUUAUUUUUUUAAAUAUAUCUUUGUUUGGUAGAGGAAAAUGUACAGAAGCUGACCUGGGUCGGUCCUUAAAAAUUGAAUUUUUUACUUUAAUUUUGUUUAUUUCCUUACAUGGGUUUAUUUAUUUAUCAUUUUAAAGGAGGAAUUUCGGGUUUAGAUUAAUGGGGAUUCCAGUUCAUGUCUUGUCACCAAAACGCGUUCCGUAUCCGUGUUGAUGAUCUCUUCCUGAAGGUGGUGAUGCUGGUGGUUGUUUGUUUAGUGUCGCAAUCAGAUCUGCAUUUUUGGCACUGCUCAAAACACACAGCCAGACAUUCUUGCUUAUCGAGUCAGAAACUUUGGUAGUAAAUUGAGAGAUUAUUGAAUUUAAGUGUGAAGACUAGGAGUUUUCUUGUUCUGAAGUGAACGGGGGAGCACGGCUUUGUCAUUUUUUGAGAGAUCAUUGGUAUCAAGGAAGUUGCAUUUAGAUUGAAUUGGAUUGGAUAUAAACUGUAGCUCUUGAAGUGUACGAGCAUGAUAUGCUUUUGAGGCAAAUUAGUUGGUAAUUUGGAGGUCUUGGGCCCGGCAGCUAAGACAUCGGGGUCGUAGUAAAUGGCUUCCAGAGAAGGGAGGCGUCGACGUGAUAAUCUUGUGCCUCUUGCUGCUUUGAUCAGCAGAGAAAUGAACGAGAAGAUGGAGAAGCCAACUGUUCGAUAUGGUUAUGCAGCCCAGUCUAGAAAAGGAGAAGAUUAUUUCCUGAUUAAGACUGACUGCCAGCGAGUCCCAGGGAAUUCGUCAUCCACAUUUUCUGUGUUUGCGAUCUUUGAUGGGCAUAAUGGAAAUGCUGCAGCAAUAUUUACUAGGGAGAAUCUAUUGAAUCAUGUUUUGGGUGCUCUUCCUCGAGGGCUUGGGCGGGAGGAGUGGCUUCAAGCUUUACCUCGAGCAUUAGUUGCUGGAUUUGUGAAAACUGACAAGGAGUUCCAGAGCAGAGGAGAAACAUCAGGUACUACAGCAACGUUUGUGAUAGUUGAUGGAUGGACAGUUACUGUUGCAUCUGUCGGAGACUCACGUUGUAUUUUAGAUGCCCAGGGUGCUGCCAUUUCCGCCUUAACUGUGGAUCAUAGGCUUGAAGAGAAUGUGGAAGAGAGGGAACGUGUGACUGCAAGUGGUGGGGAAGUUGGAAGGCUUAGCAUUGUUGGUGGUGCUGAGAUUGGUCCCCUCCGUUGUUGGCCAGGAGGUUUAUGCCUUUCUAGGUCAAUUGGAGACAUGGAUGUUGGAGAGUUUAUAGUUCCAAUUCCAUAUGUCAAGCAAGUGAAGUUAUCUAAUGCAGGUGGUAGGCUCAUAAUCGCUUCUGAUGGAAUCUGGGAUGCCCUUUCCUCGGAAAUGGCAGCAAAAUCUUGCCAUGGGUUGCCAGCUGAACUUGCUGCUAGACAAGUUGUGAAGGAAGCAUUAAGGACAAGGGGACUAAAGGAUGACACGACAUGCAUAGUUGUUGACGUAAUUCCUCCUGACAAUUCAACACAGCCCUCAACUCCUCCCAAGAAGCGGAACAAGCUCAGAACCUUGUUAUUCAGGAAGAAAUCACAUGAUUCUGCCAAUAAGCUCUCCAAAAAGCUUUCUGCUGUAGGUAUAGUGGAAGAACUGUUUGAAGAAGGUUCUGCAAUGCUUGCUGAAAGACUGGGGAAUGAUGAUUCCACCACGUACUCAACAUCUGGUCUUUUCACAUGUGCUGUAUGUCAAGUUGACCUUGCUCCGAGCGAAGGCAUCUCUGUUCAUGCUGGUUCAAUCUUCUCCACCAGCACCAAGCCCUGGCAAGGGCCUUUCCUUUGUUCAGAUUGCCGCAAUAAGAAGGAUGCCAUGGAAGGAAAACGCCCGAGUGGAGUUAAAGUGGCAUAACUCUAUUGUUUCCUUCAUUCUUUAUCCCUUAAUUAUUAUUAUUUUUUUGUUUGUCUGCAAACCUUGCUUUUCUAGGCCAGGCAAUUAAUUGAGGCUACCAUGGUGCCACAAAUGUAUAUGUAAUAUUUAAAUAAUGAAAAAUGAGUUUUAGCAUGUAA